AUGGAGUUGAAGAUAUUACAACAGUAUAUAUUAGGAGGGAUCAUAGCUACUUGGUUAGGUUUUGCUCUGAUCUAUUUCUUGGGUGUGAAAAAGAGCAAACCAGCUGAUGAUAAUUUGGAUUUGCAUAAACAGGUCAAUGAGUUGGUUAGGAUUCAGCCGCAGAACGAUGGAUCCCCAGAGGUAAUAAUCGUUGGUGCUGGUGUAGCUGGUGCAGCCCUUGCCUAUAGUCUUGGCAAGGAUGGCCGACGAAUUCUUGUCAUAGAAAGAGACCUGGGAUUGCAAGAUAGAAUUGUCGGAGAAUUGCUCCAACCUGGUGGCUACAUGAAAUUGAUCGACUUGGACUUAGAAGAUUGUGUAGAAAACAUCGAUGCUCAAAAGGUGUUUGGCUAUGCUUUGUUCAAGGAGGAUAAAAGCACUAGACUGGCUUACCCAUUGGAGAAGUUCACAAGAGAUGUUUCAGGCAGGAGUUUUCACAAUGGCAGAUUCGUUCAACGAAUGCGAGAGAAGGCUGCAACAGUCCCAAACGUGAGGCUUGAACAAGGGACAGUGACAUCUCUUAUCGAAGAGAAAGGAGCUGUCAAAGGCGUCCGCUACAAAACCAAAGCAGGCCAAGAUAUCACGGCCAAUGCACCGCUUACUAUCGUCUGUGAUGGCUGUUUUUCGAAUCUGAGACGUGGUCUGUGCAAACCUGAGGUAGAGAUCCCAUCUUCAUUUGUUGCAUUACUUUUGAAGAACUGUGAGGCCCCAUAUCCGAAUCAUGGACAUGUUAUCUUGGCAGACCCUUCACCAAUCUUGUGCUAUCGUAUCAGCAGUACCGAGAUCAGGUGUUUAGUUGAUAUCCCAGGGAAGAAGAUCCCUUCUGUUGGCAAUGGUGAAAUGGCCCUUUAUUUGAAGACUAAGGUAGCUCCUCAGAUCCCUCCGGAACUGCAAGGUGGCUUCAUUGCUGCGGUGGACGAAGGAAAGAUAAAAACAAUGGCUAAUAGAAGCAUGCCGGCUGCUCCACAACCCACCCCGGGUGCAAUCCUGCUCGGGGAUUCAUUCAACAUGCGACAUCCUUUGACAGGAGGAGGAAUGACAGUCGCUUUAUCUGAUGUUGUGGUUGUUCGUGAUCUCCUCCGACCACUUGAUAAUUUAAACGACUCAAUCGCCCUCUGCAAGUAUCUUGACUCCUUUUACACCUUACGCAAGCCAGUCGCAUCUACAAUCAACACAUUGGCUGGAGCAUUGUACAAAGUGUUUUCGGCAUCACCUGAUCAAGCAAGGACAGAACUGCGGCAAGCAUGUUUUGACUACUUGAGCCUCGGUGGCAUGUGCUCAAGUGGACCCAUUGCGCUAUUAUCCGGUCUAAACCCGAAGCCAUCAAGCUUGGUGCUUCAUUUCUUUUCAGUCGCCAUCUUUGGUGUUGGCCGCUUGUUACUUCCAUAUCCUUCACCACGACGCACUUGGCUAGGUGCUAGAUUGAUCUUGGAUGCAGUAGGUAUCAUUUUGCCUAUUCUAAGAGCCGAAGGAGCGUCCCAAAUGUUAUUAUCGUCAACCGCAAAUCCAGCAUAUUUUAAAUCACCUUUUCUACAUUGA